AUGGCACACAAGAAAAUCAUCGCUGUUGUCGGAGCCACUGGCGCUCAGGGCGGUGCCGUUGCUGCCGUCUUCCUCAACGACCCGCUCCUACGCCACGAGUGGACGGUUCGCGCCGUGACUCGAGAUCCAGCCAAAGACAGGGCACAGAAGCUCAAGCAACAAGGUGCCGACGUGGUGGCGGCCGACUUGAACGACAAAGCCUCGCUUGUGAGGGCCUUCGCUGGAGCUACGGCAGCGUUUGGCGUCACCAACUACUGGGAAACCCUGAGCAUCGAUACCGAGAUCCAACAGGGCAAAAACCUUGUCGAUGCCGCGAAGGAAUCUGCUGUUUCUCAUUUCAUCUGGAGCUCUCUGCGCAAUGUCAAGAAGCUGACACAGGGAAAACUCGCCCACGUCCAUCAGUUCGACGGCAAGGCCGAGGUUGAGGAAUACGCCAGACAAGUCGGCAUUCCAGCCACAUUCUUCCUUCCGGGGAUAUACAUGGACUCUCUCGCCCAGUCUUUCAGACAGAACGCGCCGGGGAGUCCUUGGGUAUUUUCCCUGCCGAUGCCUGAGACCGCGCCUCUUCCCCUGUUCGAUGUUCGCAAUACUGGGCUCUGGGUCAAGGCGAUUGUGCGAAAGCGAGACCAGCUCCUGGGAAAGCGUGUACUCGGCGCUACGAAGUAUACAACUCCUGCGGAACUCGUAAGUGAGUUCACGCAGGCGUUCCCCGAGGCCGGCAAGGCAGCCAGCUUCUUCAGUAUGCCGCAUGAAAUGUUCCUACAGGUGGUCCAAGACGUCAUGGGGUUGCCGGACUGGGCAGCGGAAAGCAUCUUAGAGAUGAUGCGCCUUGUUAAUGAGGGUGGAUACUUCGGUUUUGAAUCGUUGAGUGAGAGUCUCGCGGUGCUGGAGGACGAACCGACGGCGUGGGUGGACUUUUUGAAGAGGAACGAGGCUUUUAAGGAUCUUAAGUAA